CCGGGCGCGACAGAGGUUAUAAAAGGCGGCGGUGAGCCGGCACAGACUAAUCUGUGAGGGAAGUGGAGCGGAGCGGCGGGCCGCUAUGGAGCUGGCGCUGAAGGUGGGAGUCCUGGUGCUGAUCGCGCUGGUCGGCCUGGGAAAGGCGGAUGAGGCACCAAAGGUGGAGGUGUACUCCCGCACGCAAGCCGUAGAGGGAGAGGAAAACACCCUCAACUGCUUCGUGAGUGGUUUCCACCCUCCGAAGAUUGACAUCACCCUCCUCAAGAACGGGGAGCCCAUGAGCAACGUGAACUACGCAGACAUGUCCUUCAACAGCAAGUGGCACUUCCAGCGCCUGGUAUACGCGCCGUUCACUCCCAAGAAGGGUGAUGUCUAUGUUUGCAAGGUGGCCCAUUCCACCUUCACGGAGCCACAGUCCUUCCGAUGGGAUGCAGACUUCUAAGCUGUGUCUGGGAUGAUCACGGUCUGAAGAAUUCUGCCUUGCAAGUCAAAAUCUUCUUGAGCUUCUGUCCUUUUUAUUCACAUUAGUAGGCAUGGUGAUGUUGGGUUGGUUGGACUUGAUGAUCUUAAAGGUCUUUUCCAACUUUAAUGAUUCUAUGAUUCUAUUCUUUGAUCUCACUUGUGAAUAUGAUGAACAAAGGCAAUAGUCAUAGAGUUCAUUCUCUAUAACGCUUAUCGUUAGAAUAUAAUUUCACAAAGAAAUAUGCGAGCUAGGCUUUUUUUUUGAGCACAUAGCUGUAAAUGUCCAUGUUACUGAUUAAAAAGUAAUUUUAGCUCUUCAGUGCUCUGAAUUGUAAUGGAUUUUUAUCUUAAUAAAAUUGGAGGACUUUGGUGUGGUCCUUAAAAUGUUUCUUCACAGUCA